GGCGGUGGCCGCGCAGGCUCCGCCGGACGGACGCACGGACAGACCGGGUACCAAGGGAAGGGCGCACGGUCAGGCCAUGCCUGGGGAGGCUGCCCGCGCCGAGCCGCUGCUGCCGGAGGCGGGCAGGCCCGGGCCCCGCACAGAGUCAUCCUGUGAUGUGGCCGUGGCCACCACCCCGAGAGGGGACCGGCUGGAGCACUGUGCCCUGACCCCCGGACCCAGCGCCCUGGCCCUGGAGUUUCUGCCCAGCAAGCCGGGUGCCCGGCCCCCGCCAGAGGGAGCCAGCUGGGACGCAGGGCCAGGCGGCACCCCCUCGGCCUGGGUGGUCCCCGCAGAAGGCGACCCCAGCCCGGGGCCCCCCGAGGCCCAGCCUGCCGGGGGUCCUCCCCCAGCCACCCUGGAGCCCCGGAUCGUGAUGGGCGAGGAGACCCGCCGGGUGCCCCAGCCAUCCAGGGCAGCCCUGCCAGAGCUCAGGGACCGGGAGGGUGGGUAUCGCAGCCUGGACCCAUCCCCCGAGUUGUGUUCUCAGGGUGACCCUCCUGUGCCUUGCCCUGCCCCAGACCCUGACUCCUACUUCACGCCACCCUCCACCCCCACGGAGACCGCCUCUGCCCUGCUCCUUGGCCCUGGGCCCCGCAGGGAGGCCCGGGAGGCCCCAGCCGAGCCAGGGGACUCCCCGCCUGCCUCACCCUCGGGCUCCUACAUCACGGCAGAUGGGGACAGCUGGGCCUCGUCCCUGUCCUGUUCCCUGAGCCUGCUGGCCCCGGCUGAAGGGCUGGACGUCCCCUCAGGCUGGGGCUUCUCCCCACCGGGCUCUGUGGCCGACGAGCAGGAGCUGCCUCCCAUGGGGCUCCCCGGCCCCCCGUCCCCAGAGUCCAGCAUCUCGGCCGACAGCAGCUCUUCCUGGGGCCAGGAGGGCCACUUCUUCGAGCUGGACUUCCUGGCCAAUGACCCCAUGAUCCCUGCCGCUCUCCUGCCCUUCCGAGGCAGCCUCAUCGUCCAGGUGGAGGCCGUGGAGGUGACGCCGAGGGCCCCCGAGGAUGACGAGCAGGAGGAGGACAUCCCUGUCCCUGGAGAGGACCCAGCCGGGGAGGGCGAGGACGACAGCACGUUUGCAUCCUCCCUGCAGUCCCUGUCUGACCUCUCCAUCACCGAGGGCAUGGACGAGGCCUUCGCCUUCCGGGACGACACCUCGGCGGCCUCCUCUGACCCUGACUCGGCCUCCUAUGCAGGGGCCGACGACGAGAGGCUGUACAGCGAAGAGCCCCACGCGCGGCCCGCCGCCCUGCUCCCGGACAGCCCUGGUGAGCCUGCUCCCGCGGUCUCCGAGGGAGGGGCUGGCCGAGCCACCGAAAGCCAAGAGCCGGGCGCGCAGGUCCCCGAGGCAGGCCAUGCCUCAGGCCAGGCAUCCGCUGCUGCCGCAGCCCCUCACACCCCGCAGGAAGCCCCAGGCCUCACCUUGGUGACCCCCCAGGCCUGGGGGGAGGAGGCGGAUUCCGCCCUGGGUCCGACACCUAUUGCCGCGGGCACAGCUCAGCCCCUACGGGAGGAUGACAGCACUGCCUUAGGCCCAGGGCCUUGGACAACGCCAGAAGAGGGAGCCCUCACUCCAAGCCCAGACUCUCUGCAGAACCCGGAGAAAGAAGCAGGCCAGGACCCUGACUCUGUGAUCCCACCCCUGCCCCCGCAGGACGUGGGCCUCCCCUCAGGCCAGGCACCCACCGCUGAGGUCAGCCCUGUGCCCCAGCCAGGAGAAGCAGACAGGACCUCACCCCAGGACCCUGACUCUGUGGCCACACUUCUGUCCCUGCAGGACGAAGGCCUUCCCUCAGGCCAGGGGACCCCCACUGAGGCUAGGCUUCAGACCCUGCAGGUAGAUGCAGGCUGCGUGCCAGCAAUCGAGCCUGUGGUCACUGCAGCCCAGCAGGAAGGACGAGUGACCUUGGAACUGAGGCCAGCACCUGAGGAGAGGGACACAAGCUGCACUGGAGGCCCAGAGCCUCCAGCCUGGGACCAGGCCCAGCUGGAUGGCCCAGAGCCAGCUGCAGACGCCGGGACACCCUGGGCAUCAUGGGGAACUGCAGGCGCCUUCAAGCCUGCCGUGGAAGCCCUGGAUUCCCCCAGGCCUGCCACAGAGGCCCCAGAGACCCCUGAGCCUGCCACAGAGGCCCUGCAACACCCCAAGCCUGCCACAGAGGCUGUGGAAUUCCCUGAACCUGACACAGAGGCCACAAAUUGCCCCAAGCCUGUCACGGAGGCCCCAGAAUGCCCAGAGCCUGUCACAGAGGCUGUAGAAUGCCUGGAGUCUGCCACAGAGGCUCUGGAAUGCCCAGAGCCUGCCAUGGAGGCCCCAGAACAUUCCAAGCCUGCCACAGAAGCCCCAGAAUGCCCAGAACCUGCCACGGAGGCUAUAGAAUGCCUGGAGUCUGCCAUAGAGGCCCUGGAAUACCCUGAGCCUGCCACUGAGGCCCUGAAAUGCCCACAGCCUGCCAUGGAGGCCCCAGAAUGCCCAGAGCCUGCCACAGAGGCCCCAGAAUACUCUGAGACUACCACUGAGGCUCUGGAACAUUCUGAGCCUGCCACAGAGGACCCAGAACACCCAGAGCCUGCCACGGAGGCCCCAGAAUGCCCAGAGCUUGCCACAGAGGACCCGGAAUUCCCUGAGCCUGCCACUGAGGCCCUGGAACAUUCUGAGCCUGCCAUGGAGGACCCAGAACACCCAGAGCCUGUUACAGAAGCCCCGAAAUGGCCAGAGCCUGCCACGGAAGCCCCGGAAUGCCUAGAGCCUGCCACAGAGGCCCCGGAACAUUCUGAGCCUGCCACGGAGGCCCCAGAACUCCCAGAGCUUACCACAGAGGCCUCAGAAUGCCCAGAGCUUGCCACAGAGGCCCCAGAACACCCAGAGCCUGCCACAGAGGCCCUGGAACAUUCUGAGCCUGCCAUGGAGGCCCCAGAACUCCCAGAGCUUAUCAUGGAGUCCCCAGAAGUCCCAGAGCCUGCCACGGAGGCCCCAGAAUGCCCAGAGCCUGUCUCGGAGGCCCCAGAAUGCCUAGAGCCUGCCACAGAGGCCCCGGAAUGCCCUGAGCCUGCCACUGAGGCCCUGGAACAUUCUGAGCCUGCCACGGAGGCCCCGGAAUUCCCUGAGUCUGCCACUGAGGCCCUGGAACAUUCUGAGCCUGCCAUGGAGGACCCAGAAUGCCCAGAGCCUGCCAUGGAGACCCCAGAAUAUUCUGAGCCUGCCACAGAGGACUCAGAAUGCUCAGAGCCUACCACAGAGACCCCAGAAUGCCCAGAGCCUGCCACAGAAGCCCCAGGACACCCUGAGCCUGCCACUGAGGCCCUGGAACAUUUUGAGCCUGCCACACAGGCCCCAGAACACCCAGAGCCUGCCACGGAGGCCCCGGAACGCCCAGAGCCUGCCACGGAGGCCCCGGAACGCCCAGAGCCUGCCACGGAGGCCCCGGAACGCCCAGAGCCUGCCACGGAGGCCCCGGAACGCCCAGAGCCUGCCACGGAGGCCCCGGAACGCCCAGAGCCUGCCACGGAGGCCCCGGAACGCCCAGAGCCUGCCACGGAGGUCCCGGAACGCCCAGAGCCUGCCACGGAGGCCCUGGAACAUUCUGAGCCUGCCACAGAGGUCCCAGAAUACUCAGAGCUUGCCACAGAGGACCUGGAAUGCCCAAAGCUUGCCACGGAGGCCCUGGAACACCCAGAGUGUACCACGGAGGCCCCGGAACACCCAGAGCGUACCACGGAGGCCCCGGAACUCCCAGAGCUUACCACGGAGGCCCCGGAACGCCCAGACCUUGCCACGGAGGCCCCGGAACGCCCAGAGCCUGCCGCGGAGGCCCCGGAACGCCCAGAGCCUGCCGCGGAGGCCCCGGAACUCCCAGAGCUUGCCGCGGAGGCCCCGGAACGCCCAGACCUUGCCGCGGGCCCCGGAACGCCCAGAGCCUGUCUCGGAGGCCCCGGAACGCCCAGAGCCUGUCUCGGAGGCCCCGGAACGCCCAGAGCCUGUCUUGGAAGCCCCGGAAUGCCCAGAGCCUGCCACAGGCCCUCCAAGGAGGCCCCAGGGGGUGAAAAUCAGGGGGCUGGAGGCCUCGAGUCAGCACCCCAGGGUGCCAGGAAGGCUCCUGGGGAUUGUGGCCCAGAGGUACACCCUGCUGCGUGCCCCGAGGUUGGCCAUGCAUGGCCCCAGAGCCCAGCGGAGGAGGGAGAAGCCAACCCCGAGCCCAGGUCUCCUGUUGCUGUGGCCUCAGAAGCUGGACUGGGCUCCUGCUCCGAGUUUCCACCGAGGUCUGUGCCCAGGCCUGGCAGGCGCUGCCCCAAAGAGCCUGGCCCCACCUCUCCAGCACCCUCUCAGCAGCCGGAGCCCAUGCUGGGCCGGGGCAGUGGAGAGUGGAUGCAAAUAGCACCCGGAAGCCCCAGCUCGUCCCCCCCACAAGCCCCCAAAAGCCCUGCCAGGGUCCUGCCCAGCGUGCCCCAAGACAGGCUUCUCAGCCCAGAGCCCUCCGUUCCUGGGGUCCCCACAGAGGCAGCCCCAUACCCCAUGGCACCCCUCACCUCCUGCCCUUGCCAGGGCCCCAGGGAAGACUCAGCAGAGGGCAAGGAGCCCCUGGGCUCUCUGGGCCUCCAGCCUCCACGGGCAGGAGCCCAACGGGCAGUGGCUGCCUUCUCAGGAACCACGAAACCUCCUGGGGCUGGGCACCGGGUCAGCCUCCCACCCCAUUCCCCCCUCCUCAGCCCCAAGAUGGCCCCCACAGGGGACACCCAUGCCAAAGACCAGGCCUGGCGGAUCUCACCCCCCUGCCAAGUGCCUCCCAGCCCUCGAGGGCUCCUGGCCGCCGAGCAGCAGGAUGACCAGGACAGCCUGGAAGAAGACUCGCCACCGAGGGCUCCGGGAUCCGGCCAGCACUCGGACAGCCACGGGGAGUCGUCGGCAGAGCUGGAGGAACAGGACCUCUCGGGAGCGCAGACAGCACAGUGCCCAGCCCAGGCCCCGGCAGGUGGCAGCAGCGAGGAGACCGUGGCCAAAGCCAAGCAGAGUCGCAGUGAGAAGAAGGCCCGAAAGGCGAUGUCCAAGCUGGGCCUGCGGCAAAUCCAGGGGGUCACCAGGAUCACCAUCCAGAAGUCCAAGAACAUCUUGUUUGUCAUCGCCAAGCCCGACGUCUUCAAGAGCCCGGCCUCGGACACCUACGUGGUCUUCGGCGAGGCCAAGAUCGAGGACCUGUCCCAGCAAGUGCACAGAGCUGCUGCCGAGAAGUUCAAAGUGCCCACGGAGCCUUCCGCCCUGGUCCCUGAGUCCGCGCCCGGGCCGCUGGUGAGGCCGGAGUGUGAGGAGGAGGAAGAGGAAGAGGAGGAGGAGGAGGUGGAUGAGGCGGGGCUGGAGCUCCGUGACAUUGAGCUGGUGAUGGCACAGGCCAACGUGUCGAGGGCCAGGGCCGUACGAGCCCUGAGGGACAACCAGAGCGACAUCGUCAACGCCAUCAUGGAGCUCACCAUGUAGCCGCUGACCGCCACCUGACCGCACGGCUCCGUCCCUGCCGCCCCCCGGCUCUGCUGCUCAAUAAAGGGGUGUCUCCUCAUGGUCUCUGCUCUCGCUCCUACCUGCCUGGGCG